AGGUGGCACUGACUGGCACUGAUGGAUGACAUUGAAAGGCAGCUCAGAUGGGCACUAAUAUGUGGCAUUGAUGUGCACUGGUAUGCACUGAUAUGUGGCAUUGAUUUGGCACUGAUGGGGGCACUGGCUGCUGGCACUGAUGGACACUGACAGGUGGCACUUCUGGGGCCACAUUGAUCAUCAGGGCACACUGAUCAUCAGUGCCCUGCGGCUCUCCUGUCCUCUCGAGCUGUCAGCGUGACAGCUCGUGAGGAGAAAAAUGCCGAUAAGAGGCA